UCUAGCAUGGCAUUGUCACCAACUCCCUUUGCAUGGUGAUGCGAUUAAGGUAGCAGCAUUUUUAUUAUUCCGGAAAAGCAGCUGGGGGAUUCAUCAGUUCUGAGGCUUUGUCUUUCUGGGUUAACUGAUGGUCCCAAGCCUCGGUUUGACCUGACCAUGAUGCCCAGGACUGGCACUUUUUCUUUUUUCUCAGCAAACUGUACAAAACCAAAUCUCUUUUUGAUUUUCAAGGAAACUAGGUUCCUGCCAAAUUUUGAAUCUGGACAAUAAAUAGACACUUUGUCCUAGCAUCUUUCUGGAAUCAUUUCGGGAUAUUUUCCACAAGCAACACAGAAACAGGAAUGAACCGGCAGCUAGUGAACAUUUUGACAGCCUUGUUUGCAUUUUUCUUAGAGACAAACCACUUCAGGACGGCUUUCUGCAAAGACCAUGACUCCAGGUCUGGAAAACAACCUUCACAGACCCUAUCUCCUUCAGAUUUCUUGGACAAGUUAAUGGGAAGGACAUCAGGAUAUGAUGCAAGAAUCAGGCCAAAUUUUAAAGGUCCUCCAGUAAACGUUACUUGCAAUAUUUUUAUCAACAGUUUUGGAUCAGUCACAGAAACGACCAUGGACUACCGAGUGAAUAUUUUUCUGAGACAACAGUGGAAUGAUUCACGGCUGGCGUACAGUGAGUACCCAGAUGACUCCCUGGACUUGGACCCAUCUAUGCUAGACUCCAUUUGGAAACCAGAUUUGUUCUUUGCCAAUGAGAAGGGUGCCAACUUCCACGAUGUCACCACUGACAACAAAUUGCUACGGAUUUCGAAAAAUGGCAAAGUGCUCUACAGUAUCAGACUCACCUUGACCUUAUCCUGUCCCAUGGACUUGAAGAACUUUCCGAUGGAUGUCCAGACCUGUACAAUGCAGCUGGAGAGUUUUGGGUACACGAUGAAUGACCUGAUAUUUGAGUGGUUAAGUGAUGGUCCAGUGCAAGUUGCUGAAGGAUUGACCCUGCCCCAGUUUAUUUUGAAAGAAGAGAAGGAACUUGGCUACUGUACAAAGCACUACAACACUGGAAAGUUUACCUGCAUUGAGGUCAAGUUUCAUCUGGAACGCCAAAUGGGAUAUUAUUUGAUCCAGAUGUACAUCCCAAGCCUGCUUAUAGUAAUUUUGUCCUGGGUUUCCUUUUGGAUAAACAUGGAUGCAGCCCCUGCCAGGGUCGCACUGGGCAUCACCACAGUCUUAACGAUGACCACCCAGAGUUCAGGCUCCAGGGCAUCUCUGCCAAAGGUGUCCUAUGUAAAAGCGAUUGACAUCUGGAUGGCGGUGUGCCUUCUGUUUGUGUUUGCUGCCUUACUGGAAUACGCAGCGGUGAACUUUGUCUCCAGGCAACACAAGGAGUUCCUGCGCCUCCGAAGAAGACAGAAGAGGCAGAAUAAGGAAGAAGACGUUACUCGUGAAAGUCGUUUUAAUUUUAGCGGUUAUGGGAUGGGUCACUGCCUCCAAGUGAAAGAUGGAACAGCUGUCAAGGCCACACCUGCCAACCCACUCCCACAACCGCCAAAAGAUGCAGAUGCUAUCAAGAAGAAGUUUGUGGACCGGGCAAAAAGGAUUGACACGAUAUCUCGAGCUGCCUUCCCAUUGGCCUUCCUCAUUUUCAACAUCUUUUACUGGAUCACAUACAAGAUCAUUCGGCAUGAAGAUGUCCACAAGAAAUAGAUGUGCCCUACAGACCCUGGGACCUUCUUGCCUCAGUGUUGUGCUUGUAAAUACACAGUGAAAUUGUC